AUGAAGCUGUCAAACCUGGGUAUAGGAACUGGCCUGCUGAGCGUCCUCGGGUUGACUCAGGCCCAGACCAGCGGUGUCUGGCUUGAGUGGUCUCACCGCGACGUCCAUCCGAACCAUACUUACGAAAUCGGCUGGGAAAUUAAAAGAAACUAUACCCUCCAGCUCCUUCUCGUCAAACAAUUCGAUGGUGGCUGGACCGGCGAAGACUUAAUCUGGAAAGACCAAGAAGGGACGCCUCCUGGAGGCUCAUACAACUGGACUGUGCCCAGUGAAUAUGAGCCUGGAGCAAACUAUGGCCUGUGGCUGUACGGCGAAAACGUCCCUUUCGAUGGAGAAGGAUACGCCAACUUGACGGAGUGGUUUCAGAUCUCAGACGAAGAGCAGUAA